AACCUGAGGAGAAAGAUGUCAAGUUCAAGGCUGAGGACAUUUACAAUAACCGCUUCCUGCCCGAUGACGACGACACUGACGAAGAGGAUGAUGAUGAGUCGUCUCCCUUUGAGAGAAUGAUUAAAAAGAUGACAGACAUCUCCCCCAAUAAUGAUGGCAUGGUGUACAAAAAAAUCAUGCAGCAGGGAAGUGGGAAUUUCGUACCAGAGGGAGCCAUUGUCAGAAUCCAUUACAAUGCUUUUCUGGAAUUUGGAGACGAACCAUUUGAUUCCACACGAUUGAGAAACUGCCCUCAGAAAGUCAAGUUACAAACAGGUGGUAUGAUUCUUGGUCUGGACUGGGCGGUGUCUACCAUGAAGAAGGGGGAGCUGGCUCGUAUCAUCAUCAGACCGCAGUACGCUUACGGAGAAAUGGGAACACCCCCCAGGAUACCUAAAGAUGCCACAGUGAUGUAUGAAGUGGAGCUGCUGAACUAUGUAGAACAUGGUGGAGUGGAUGACAUAGAACUAUUGUCUGAGGAGGAAAGACAGCAGAUUCCUUUUGAUGAUUUACUGAAAGCCUGUAAAUCUUACAAACAGGAAGCAAAACUACAGUUUGCUAGUUCAAGUUUCAGAAGAGCUGCUAUGUAUUACAAUAAGGCUGUUAGAAUGCUGGAGAGGGCCCAUCUUAAAGAUGAGGAGGAAGAAGACAAGCAUCAGAAGCUACUGCUCCAGCUCUACCUGAACCUGGCUACAUGUUGUACCAAAAUGGCGGAACCCAAACGCUGCAUCAAGUGGUGCAAGAAGGCCCUGGAGAUUUGUCAUGGAGACAAAACAGCAAAGAUCAAAGCCCUCUACCAUUAUGGCAAGGCCCUCCACAACCAGUCCUAUUUUGAUCAGGCUGAGGAGAAACUUAAACAAGCCCAGAGACUGAACAGUGGAAACGCAUCUGUCAAUAGCGAACUAGCUGCUCUGGAGAGAUCUAGACAGAAAUUUAGGAUGGUGGAGAGAGAGACCUGUAGAAGGAUGUUUUCCCAGCCCAAGGGAAUCACUGAUGACGAGAAAGAUAAAGAGAACAAGAGGCAUCAGGAAGCGGAGGAGAGGUGUAUGGAAGUGUCGGAAAAAUUCCGCCAAGAUGCCAUCAGAUAUCUCAGUGACUUUAAAAAUGACCCUGACAAAACAGAGAUUCCAUUCACGUCCUUUAAGCUGACAUUUGGGGAGAUAGCGUGUAUGGUAGAGGAAGCUGACAGAUUGGGUCUCAAAGCUGUGGAAGUGGGCAGUGGACAGAACUCAAAAAUCAAAAUAGUGAAGAGGAGAAGUCAGGAUAAUUACUGAUAAACUUACUGAUGGAACAUACCACAAUGUGUUCAAUACUCAUACAGACAGAAAUCUGGUCGAAGGAUGACUUUGACUGAUUCAAUGGUUAUAUGUAUCAUUCAGUACCAUUAAUGGCAGAGUAGCCAUUGUUUUGUAUUGAAUUUGGAAUGUUUGACUUUUGACCCCCGUUAAGUUUUUAUUUGUUUAUGGUUGUGUAAACUUGUGCAGCUACUGGUAUUUCUGUCAUUCUUUGACUCUAGAUAAUAAUAUUGGCUGAACAGAACAAAUUCUUGGAACAUUGAGUAUUACUUCACAGGAAUCUUCAGCCAUUUAAUUAUUUGGGAAUUUUAUUUUACUUUGUUAGAUCAACACUAUUUGUACUUUUAGUAGCUUUAUUACCUGUAGAUAAUUUGUACCAGUUUUAGAUAUGUAUAUUUACUGAAUCUUAUUCUAGUUUCUGGGAUUUUCAUUGUGUGGUUGUACAUGUACCAUUCUGAACAGAUCUGAAAGAAUGUAGAUUAAAGGUUAACGUAAAUUUAGUUUUAAAAAAGAAACAAGAACUAAAAGAAGGAGAAAUAUAACAAAGUUUUUGAGUUGCUAUUUACUUUUAAAAAUGUAACAUUUCUUUCAGAUAUGAUGCAAUGUAGUCAUGAAGGGAAAAAAUUAAAAGGCUUAUGCAGGUUUAGGUUCAAUUACCUUUAAGAACAUCUAGUUUUCAAAAAGAAACAAAAAACAUGAAUGAGGUGAAAGGGAAAAAAUUCUUUGGAAAAUCAGUAGCAUAUUGUAUCUCUAGUCAUUAUAAAAAUUGUAUUGUUAAAGUGUUUAUUUGUCAAAUUACUUGUCUAUGACAGAUCUGUUUUUACCUGUCAAAGUUUCUGAAACCCAGGUAGGGUGGUUUUGGUUACAUUUUCAUUAAUCCUUUGCAUUUUUGAUAUAAUUGCAAAAGGUAGCAAAACCUUAUAAAUGUGUUCUUGAUACAGAAAUUUUGAUAUUUUUAUUAUCAUUUUAUUAAUAAAUUCAAUUUUUUUGUAUGUUAA